GGACACCAAACCGGCAAACCCCAUGUUAUGAUAUCGUCCCUCUCCUCUGCCCCGGCCCUCGCCACCAAAACCCUCUCCUCCUCCUCCUCCUCCUCAUCCGUUGUAUUUGGGCCGCGCAUAGCAGAAUCGAGACGAGGUCGAGACGGAGAGCAAGGGAGCGAUGGAGAAGAUCCCCGCGGCUUUCGCCAUGGAGUGGAGCAUCGAGCUCGAGAAGGGGCUCCGUUCCAAGACGCUUGGUCAACAUGUUAAGGCAAUAGAACAAAUUGGACCUAGGCUUCAAGAAUGGAGCAAGGAACCAAACAUUACAAUGGCAGUAUUAGAUAUAUAUGGCUUGGUACCUGGGGAGGACAGAACAUUUGCUAACACGAUCCUUCUUCGGCUUGCUGAUGCAUUUAAGCAUGGGGACAAUUAUACAAGGCGCUGCAUCCUGAAGGUUUUUCUCUUGGAGUUGAAGCACCUUGACAAGAAGGGCAAAAGGUAUAAUGGUAUUCUGGCAAAGCAGAGGGUACCUAAUAAUGUUGAGCUGCUUAAAAGAGUAAAAAUAGUUUUUGACACAGGUGAUAUUGAGGCUAAAGUUUUGGCUUUGCAUCUAUUUGGUUGUUUGGCUGAUCUAGCAAAGGAUAGUCUUCAUAUACGCUAUACUAUACUUUCGAGCUUGCAGUCGUCCCAUGUCUCAGAGGUAAGGGCAUCGUUGUUUGCUGCUGGUUGCUUUUGUCAAUUUUCGGAGGAUUUUGCAUUCAUUGUUCUGGGAAUACUGGUUCACAUGAUUUGUGCACUACGAAUGUCCUCUAAAGUGAAAUUUGCAGCAGCUCAUGCUUUCUCUAAAAUGCAAUGCUCAGCUUCUGUAGCAAGCAGAGCUUACAAGGCUGGUAAGCAACUGCUGCUGGGUUCAUUACAGGAUGAGCUAAAAGCUGAGAUGUUGUCAUCUCUCUCAAAAUUGACUUUCAAGUCGACUACUUUAAUUGCUCAACAGGUAGACUUGCUCUUAUCAUUUGUAAGCCAUGGCUCUGCUUCUUUGUUGAAGGCUAGAGCACUCAAAUGUUUGUCCUUUCUGAUUGGCAGCAGUGCCUGCUCUGUUUCUGUCAAUAGAAAGGUACUUUCUAUGUUGAUCCGUAUCAUUGAUGACGAUGAUAUUCCAGUUGAUUUUCAAUGUGAAGCCCUCAGGAUAUUGUGCAAGAUUUUCCAUGGUACGUGCCCAGAUAUGCCUCAUAUGGAUCUGCCUGAUCUAUUUAAUGUGGUUCUGACUGUGAAAAAUGCAGCACAGACAUCUGAUAAGGCAAAGAGAGGUCUUGCUCUUUGUCUUCUUGUAGAUAUCUUGUGCAGAAUUAAGAGGACAAGGAAAGGGCAUGGAUCACUCUCCUCGGAAAUGUGGCAUGCUAUAUGCUCCGAAUUUCAUGGGAGUCCAGAAGCUACAGUUUUGGCUUCUUGUGGAGAUGGCCUGUCAAAUAUUGUCUGCCAAGUAACUUCAUUAAUUAUAUAUCACAUUUCCUCCCUGAUUAAGCAAACUACUGUUGAGUCUGAUGGAGAAGUGAUACAUACAGGAAAUUUGACAUCCGUUGGUUCACUAUCUGAAGUGAAAGAAUGCAAAAGCUUUCUCAGUCUUAUUCUUCAUCUUGCUGAAGAAUAUCCUUCUGCAGGUCUCAUUGCACUAGAUAGAAUAAGAUAUCUGAUACAAACUCUGGAUAGUACAUAUGACAAAUUUAACAUGGAGAACUCCAGCACUUCUGGAGAAGUUUUUAAAGCAAAAUGGGGUGCUGGAAAACCAUGUGUUUUUGGGCCUCUAGAAUCUGAUAGUAUGCAAAUUUCUUUUGCUUCAAAGCUUGUACUUUGCAUGUUGAGGUUUGCGAAUGCUUGCCUCAAUUUAGUUAAUGAGUCUGGUGCAGUCAACAGGGAAGUUUGUGAGACACUGAAGCAUCUAGCUGAAUACAUGCAAAAAAGUAGGUUCUAUGACUGCAACUCAUUCGAAAUUUUCUGCCUCUCCAUGCAUGCUUACUUAGCUUGUUGUUGCUGCAGAAUGACUAGUGUCAACCAGCAGGAUUCAGAUCAUUCAAAAGUUGGUGCCAAUUUAGGCUUCUUUCAUAAUGUUUUCUGGGUUGGAAUGGAAUGGCGGACACUUGAAUUUACCAAGAAUAUGCUGCAAAAAAGAAACUAUUGGGCUGCAUACAGAGUUGGAAAGUAUUCUUGUUGUGAAGGGCUAUGGUUUGCAGCAGCUUUCACGUUUAGGAAAUUGACAGGUGGUGUACAAUCAGAUUCCUCUCGUUGCUGGCUCAAAUCUUUGUUGUUAUUAGCUGGUGGUGAAAGCGAAAUUAAAUUGCUUCUCUUUCCUAAAGCUGGUGUAGAAUUGAUAAGUGGCCUGCAAACUGAAGGCAAUUGUGAAAGGUCUUUUACUUGUGUUGAAGAAGAAAUGAGCCGACAUGUUGGGGAGAAAGCAGACUUGCAUGAUUUUGAGGGAAAACUUGCAAGGGUUUAUAGCAGAAUAUGCUCUGCAGAGGAAACUUUGGCAGCUUCUGGGGCUUCAGUUGGUGUCUACUACUUCCAUAGGUGGUUCAUCAGUCUGAGAGCCAAAUUUCUCGAGAUCUUGAUGGAUAUGCUUGGAUUGCUGAGUUCACAUAAAUUUACUGAGGCAAACCCAGCAUUUGCACAAAAUAAGAAUCCUCUCAUGCUUAGUUUUGCUUUAAGGCUGAAUAAAUUAGCAAAAGACUACGAUCUUCUUGCCACAUCUUUCUUGGACAUUGACUUCUGGAGUUAUAGAAGCAUCUCUAGGCUGGCUCUUAGUUGCUCGAUACUUGCAUUUUGCUCUGCCUUUGCUCUGCACUUCUCAAACACAGACUCAGCUCUGUACAAGAAUGUCCUGUCAUGCGGCCUGGGAAACUCUGAAAAGUUUUUGAAGGCAGUUAUUAUAAAAGAUAUGGUUGAGCGACUUUGGGAUAUGGAUAGCAAGAUUACCAUGCAGCUUCAGCAGUUUAUGACUUCUUUCUGGGAAGAUAUGGACCUCUUUCAGUCCAGAACACGAGUUAAAAGUUCUGGUCACAUAGAAAGAGCUUCAUUAGAGGUAUUUGAGAUUGCCAUAUCUGGUGUCCUGCAAAACCAAAAAGAUUCAAGAGGAGUGAAAGAUGAGGAAGAUCUACAGCCACUUUUCGUGCGUGGACUGCAACUCUUGUCUGACAUGACUAGAAAUUUGAUGGAAAUACCUUUUCAGGUUCCCAAAUACUUCUUCAGUGUUAGGCCUUGCAUAGGUGCGGAGCUCUUUGUCUUCAAUGCAGACUCCAGAAGCAAACAUGAUUUAUCUGUCUCACCUGGUUUCCAAUUGUCUCUAAAUCUUUGCAUUCAGCUGAAGAAUGCAAUGAUAGAGCCUCAUGUUCAGGUUGCUAAGAUGCAUUGUGUUCUUGCUGUGAGACCAUCUAAUCGGUUAUCCAUUGGAGGAAAAGAAAGACAAAUGCAAUGUGGCUUUCAUCCUCGCAAGACUGAUGAAAUGGUCGAGUUGAAUGAGAUGCUACUGCUCUAUAUAAAAGCAGAGACUAGUAAAGCUGACAUGAUGAAUAGCGAGGUUGGCAAUGGUGUUGACUUGGCGACGGCCUAUGCUUGUUUCGAACCAAAUGAAAAAGGACAAGGAUUCUCAUCUUGUUUGCUUAAUGUUUCUGCAUUUCCUGAGGGCUCAUAUCAAAUAAAGUGGCAUAGCUGUUGCAUUGAUAAUAGUGGCUCUCAUUGGAGUUUGUUGCCCCUUAAUGCCGGUGCUAUCUUUACCAUUAGAAAGCCUUGAUGAUUUAUCCUGUGAUUUUAAGAUGCAAAAGUUUGUUAUCUGGCUUCAAGUAGCAUCAGGAUCGGUUUGUGUUGGAGACCCAUAAGUCCAGUUGUAGCAUACUCGUCCUAUAUAUUUGGUACAGAUUGCCCUUAUGUGGUCGGUUGUCCACUGAGACCCUGUAAUGUCUGCUUGGCAGACGGCGGCACGUAAUGCUGGUAGAUUGUGGAUUUUUCUCCGGACUGCUCAGCAAAGAAACGAUAGAAGUGAUUACUUCUUGUGGUUAACAACAGUAUUUAUGUACUAUGUUGCCGGUAAAAGCAACUUCAUUGUUGCUUGUUUUUUUUUUUAAAAAAAAUGGGAGUUAGAGAUGAGAUGUCAAAAAACAUGUUUUACUGGUUGGUGGUGAAAUUGAAACACGAAUCUCUUCCGGAUGAA